AUGCCGCCACAAAUCAAACAAGACCUCAACCGAUCGGGUUGGGAAACCACCGACUUCCCUUCCAGCUGCGAGAAUUGCCUGCCCGAUAACCCCUACGUUCAGAUGUUGAAGGAGGACUACGGGGCCGAAUGCAAGAUCUGCACCAGACCGUUCACCGUCUUCCGGUGGAAAGCCGACCGGACUGCAAGGACGAAGCGAACCAAUAUAUGCCUAACCUGCGCAAGGUUAAAAAACUGUUGCCAAUGCUGCAUGCUUGAUCUUUCUUUCGGACUACCAAUCACUGUCCGUGAUGCAGCGCUGAAAAUGGUGGCGCCUGGUCCACGGUCGACCAUCAACCGCGAAUAUUACGCCCAAGAGCACGAAAAGGAACUUGAGGAGGGCCGAGGCGCAGUGGAGGCAUAUGAAAAGACGGAUGAGAAGGCACGAGAUCUACUGAGGAGACUGGCCAACAGUGAACCCUACUACAAAAAGCAAAGACGCUUGGGAGCAGAAGGCUCGGACAAGCCAGCCGAGCAGAAACAAAGCGGAUAUGGACCAGGACCGAUACGAACGUCCGAUACUCGAAAAGCAGGAAAUGCAACACGAGGCGCUCGAUCCGGACCUGGUGGUGCGAGAACAGUCGCAAGUGCCGUACGACCUCCGCAACCCGAAGACUACUUGCCACCGGCUGAUCCCAAGAUCACAUCGCUGUUCGUUACUGGUGUCGAGGAUGAUCUGCCCGAGCAUGCCAUUCGCACCUUCUUUACCCCCUUCGGUCAGAUCCGUUCGAUCGUCUGCUCACACCGAGCUCAUUGUGCGUUUAUCAAUUAUGCAACGAGAGAAGGAGCUGAGGCGGCCGCCGCGCACUGCCAAGGGAAAGCUGUCAUUCAAGGCUGUCCUUUAAGGGUCAGAUGGGGCAAACCGAAACCACUCGAUAACACUGAUCGGGAACAGAGAAUGGAAUGGGCCCGAGAAGGAAGACAGACCGCGGCAGCCGUCAAGCAGGCGCAGUCCGGCGGUCGAGCCAUAACUGCUGGCGACGCUCAAGGCCAACGAGAAGAGACAGACGGAGGAGAUAAGAGUACAGCAAUCACAGUUGCGCCUCCACCGGGUCAGAGCGAGGUUACAUAUGCCAGUCUGGCUGGAGAUUAG